UCCCUUCGUACCGCCGCUAAGAUGGCGGCGCCCAUCUUUCGGUGCUUUUCCCGUGGCCAGGGGCUUGGUACCCCAGGCCUGUCAGGAGUCUUACCCUUGGGGCUGCGUGAGGCCCACUCGGGCGCUCAGGGGUUGCUGGCGAUGCAGAAGGCUCGGGGUCUGUUCAAGGAGUUCUUCCCUGAGAGGGGUACGAAGACAGAGCUCCCAGAGCUCUUCGACCGUGGCACGGAGGGCAAUUUUCCCCAGACCAUCUACUGCGGCUUUGACCCCACGGCCGACUCGCUUCAUGUGGGGCAUCUGCUGGCGCUUUUGGGCCUGUUUCACUUCCAGCGAGCGGGCCACAACGUGAUCGCCCUGGUGGGAGGCGCCACGGCGCGCCUGGGAGACCCAAGCGGCCGUACCAAGGAGCGGGAGGCGCUGGAAGCAGAGCGCGUGCAAAGCAACGCGCGCGCCCUGCGCCAAGGGCUCAAAGCCCUGGCGGCUAAUCACCAGCAGCUCUUCGCUAAUGGGCGGACCUGGGGCAAUUUCACCGUGCUGGACAACUCGGCGUGGUACCAGAAGCAGGACCUGGUGGACUUCCUAGCGGCAGUGGGCGGCCAUUUCCGCAUGGGCACGCUGCUAAGCCGGCUGAGCGUGCAGACUCGGCUCAAGAGCCCCGAAGGCAUGAGUUUGGCAGAGUUUCUAUACCAGGUGCUCCAGGCCUAUGAUUUCUACUACCUGUUCCAGCAUUAUAGAUGCCGGGUCCAGCUGGGUGGAUCUGAUCAGCUGGGCAAUAUCAUGUCCGGAUACGAGUUCAUCCACAAGUUGACUGGAGAAGAUGUAUUUGGAAUCUCUGUUCCUCUAAUUACAAGUACAACUGGAGCGAAACUGGGAAAGUCUGCUGGCAAUGCUGUGUGGCUAAACAGAGAUAAGACAUCUCCUUUUGAAUUGUAUCAAUUUUUUGUCAGGCAGCAAGAUGAUUUGGUAGAAAGGUACCUGAAGCUCUUCACUUUUCUGCCCCUUCCAGAGAUUGACCACAUAAUGCAGCUGCAUGUCAAAGAGCCAGAAAAGCGGGCUCCUCAGAAACGACUUGCUACAGAAGUAACAAAGCUUGUUCACGGACAAGAAGGGCUGGACUCUGCUAAAAGGUGUACACAAGCCCUUUAUUAUAGCAGCAUAGAGGCACUGGAGGUCAUGUCUGAUCAAGAGUUAAAAGAAUUGUUUAAAGAAGCUACAUUUUCUGAAUUAGUUCUUGACCCUGGAACAAGUGUCCUAGAUACGUGCCGCAAAGCAAAUGCCAUUCCAGGUGGCCCCCGAGGGUAUCGGAUGAUAACAGAAGGUGGAGUCAGUAUAAAUCACAGACAAGUAACAAAUCCUGAGAGUGUUUUAGUUGUUGGACAACAUAUUCUUAAGAAUGGACUUUCGUUACUUAAAAUAGGAAAAAGGAACUUCUACAUUAUAAAAUGGCUUCAGCUAUGAUGAAAACUCCUUCCAGUGGUUCAAACUUAUCCAUCAUUCAUUCUCAAGAUGUACGAAUUUAUACCUUCACUUAUGCAACUCAAAGACAAAGAAUGCAGUGUACUCUAGGCCUCACAGUGUGAGUAAUUUCAUUAUUUAUAUAGGUUGGUUCAGUUUGUGUAAUAGUGGGAUAUUUUAUUUCCUGAUCCUUAAACAUUAAGGACUACCACAGAAAAGCAUGAUUUCUAGGGUUAAUCUCUUUUAAUAAUUAUGCUUCAUGAAAAACUAAAUGCUGUCUUUCCUAUCCUGUCCUUGCUGUUUUUAAGAUGAGGAGGAACAAUGAAAAAGAGGUAGUAUAAGUAAUUGUGGAUACUUUUAUAUCAGGUGUGUAUCUCAUUAGAGGUUUUUUGUUGUUUAGGAAGCAAAUACAGCUCUCCAUAAAAAGGGAGAAAAGUUAGAGGAAGCCAUAGCUGGCAUUAGAAAUUACAGUAGAAAUAGUUUCUUUUCAAGGAAAACAAAAGUCAGUACUUGACUUUUCAGAAAGUUUCUAAUUCAGUUUUCCAGUCCCUUGACUCUGUUUCCAUAAAAUUAAAUUUACUCAGCCUUGUUUUUUUAAAUUCAGUAAAAAAAGGUAGCGAUGUCUUAUAAAUUUAUCAACUUUUCAAUUAGUUUUAAGUUUCAACUUAUGUCCCCAAGCAGAUUGCAGCUUGAGAUGAAGUGAAAAGUUAAGUAACCAACAAGAUAAAAUAGAGGCAAAAUAUAUAUACUAAAUAUCUAAUCAUUUGAGAAUAUCAAAAGACAUUCCAGUAAGGGAAGUUUUCAGGUCAAAUUUAAAGGAUUUGGAAUCAAGACUUAGUUAAAUUAAGCUCUACAUUCUUUAGGCAAGUUGAUUCUCCAGAACUAUUUCCAACAUCUGAAAAAUCGAAGGUAAUAGCACCCCUAUUUCCCCUGAGCAUCAAGUGAAGCUCAAACAUACACUCAAAAUGGUUUACAAUCAGAUGUGUUCUAGAAAAAUCUUACAGGCAGCAAAGCAUGGCUUUAGAGUUCAAAUUCUAGCUAUUUACUACCUGGAUUACUUGGAGCAAGUCAUUAAUCUUCAUAUGCAAAAAAUGGAGAUGUAAUAAUACCUCAGUCAAUUAUGAAAAUCUAAAAAGAAGAAAGUCAUAAAACUUUCAUACAGUAUAAGCUGUAUUGCUAUGUUCCAAAGUAGACUUAUAUGUUAAAAAAGCUAUAGUUUAUCUAAACCUUCUUCUGGGAGUAAAGUUAGGAAGAAUUCAUUUAUUGACAAACUUUAAUGUCACUUCAUACCAGCAACUUUAUUUACAUAGUAAGAACAUACAGGUAUCCAUUAUAAAUGUCAGAGAUCAUCUCUGCAUUUCAGAACUUAACUCAGUUUAAGUGUCAACAAAAGGAGGUUUUCUCUUUGCAUACCUCUUGUCUCUGUUUUUCUUUGUACAUGGUGUGUAGUACUAGCAAGUGCAUUAUCAUAGCAGGUAAUGUUUUCAAUUUGAAAUUUGCUGGAGAAAGGUGCAUUGUAAGUUUUCUUCCCCCCUUACAAAUUAAAAAAGCUAGACUAGAAUGGAAGUCAUCUGAUCUAUCUGAAAUAAGUAAAUCAUGGAUGGCUAUAAUUUCAAAACUAAUGUUUAAUAAUGGCAGAGUGAUUUUAAAGUAUGCUAAUAAACAUUCUGGAAGCAUGUAUUCUAUGAAGAUGGUACUGCUAAGUAUAAGUAGUACCAUAUCAUAUCAGACUGAAUCUGUUUUUUUAUGUUUGAGAUCAGUUGCUGAGUCUCUUGUCUCUUAGUACAGUAAAUGGGUGCCAUUAGCUAAGAGUAACAGACAUACUCACACGUUCCUGCCAGUAGUCCUUCAUAAAUGUCGUAACUUAAAAAUAGACUUUAAUAUCUGCAAUAUUUAAUUUAUCAUUUUAAAACUUAUAAUGUAAUUCAUAUCAAGAAUCACCUGGGGAAUUUUGGUAAAAUGUGUAUAUGUUCUAAACCUUACUCCCAACCCCCUGAAAGCCUUUAGGAGUUAUGUGUGUGUGUCAGGAUGUUUUUCUUUAAAUAAUAAAGCCCCACCAUUACUUUCUAUUCUAAUGUACUUUGUUGGUGUGAAGCAAAAGUAACUAUUAACAACUAAUAGGAAGAAGAUACACUUAAAAUCACCACAGUAUUUGGUUUUAAGUCCCACCUCCAAGUGAAUCUUGAAGCGUGGUCAGAGGGCUCCAAUUUAAAAAUGUAUCUGAAUUAUUACUAUUAUAUUUGAAAACCAAGGGGAAUUUAUUAGGACUUCUGAAAACUAAAAGGAAAGAUGGUCAUUACCAAGUCUUACUAGAUAAUCAAGGCUAGAUGUUCUUAAUGCAGGAAAACAUAAUUCAUGCUUCCAGGUUUAAGUAAGAUCAAAGAUGAUAUUGUAAUUUUUAACGCACCAGGGGAAUGUGGACCCAGAAGUGGAAGGACUGUAGCUACACAUUAUGCACAUCACAUCAUUGUCAAUGUUACAGAUCCUCUCGUGUGUUCAGCUUUCUUACAAACACAUCAAAGGUUUCAGAGAAGCUCAAUAAAACUAAAUCAAAGAACAGGUGGAAUAGUGACUGACUACUGAGUAACUUGUCAACCCACCUCUUUCAAAGCCAGUUCGGUUUAAAUAAUAGUGCAUGCAUUAUAGUCGUAUGACAUGGUGUCUUGGUGCAUUCUUCUUGAAGGGCUAUGGCAGCAGCUUUAAGACUACUAGCAGAUUACACAGGUCAUCUUAUCCACAGACAAACUGCUUGUACAACUAGAACUAUUAACAGUUCUUUUUAAGUUCAGAUGAAACUGUCACAAGACAGACGAUGUAUUUUAUAUAUACUAGGAAAUUUUAGAAACAGCCAUUUAUUAUUUGGAUUAAGUGUGUGAUUUGUUCUGCAAUACAGAGUAUAAUUUUCAGUUUAUAGCCAGUCUUCACAUGAGCAGAUUCAUACCAUUGCAAUACACAGGAGUUCAUAAAUAAAAUUCUACUCAAGUAGGCAGUAACUAGCAAGUCAGUGGAGUCUCAGUAUUACAUAGUUCUCUUCACCAAAGAUGAGUCUCUCGGAUUUCAGCAAUAAUUUGACUGGCUCCUUGUAAUGCCUGCAUUAAAGAAAAUUAUAAAAAUUAUAAAUGCUUAAGUUAUAAUAACAAGGAAUAUCAAAGAAAGAAUCUGAAUUAAUGUGGGAUAACCUCUCCACUUUAUAUGUGGUUGAUUUAUACUAACCAGUAUCUUCUCUGAAAUUUGAAUCUAAUCAAGUGCCAACAGAAAAAAAGAUUAGCCAUCAUACAAAGACUAUAUAUGUGUAUCUCCAAGGAUCAGAAUGCAUUUUAAAGAAUAAAUGUUUAUACCUACAACCCAAGUAAGAAAAUUCAAAAAAAUUCACAGUAAUACCUUUAGCAUAUCAGCUGCUUCUUUCCUGCGCUGUGCCAUGUCCUCGGAUUCAGUCAGAAGAUCAUCCAAUAAGGAUGAUUUAUACAGCUGUCCUACUAACUCACUCUGAAGAGUAUCUUUUACAUGAUUAACCAAAAAGUGCAUUACUGCCUUUGGCACACUGCAAAACAAUCAGAUAAUCCAUUUGAUUUAGAAUAAAAACCUAAAUUUUAAAAAAAAUGUGUAUUUUCAAAACAGAUUAUGAAAUCAUCUCGCGGUAUUCUAGUCUGAUUUAUAUAACAUAGUACUAACCUGUCUUGAAUAUUCUUUCUGACAAUAAGAAAAUAAGAUUUGAUGAGUCGUUCAAUAACUUCACAGUCUCGCUGUUCACGGGCAGAUAGUUUUCGUGCAACAGGAACUGGCUAAAUGGAGGGAGGGGGAGAAAAAAGUUACUUUUGUGCCAUUUUGAAAUGACAACAUUUAACAUUCAAAAAGUUUUUGAGACUUCAGUUCCUUUUGUCUUUUAAAGUGUUUUCCUGGUAAUUUGGUUAUUUGUCCUCAAGCAAACUCUGCAGCUUACCACAUCCAGCAAAUUCACAGCAUGGCCUUUUUGUGGACUGGCUGGCAUAAUUGGAAUUGGUUUUGAUUUUUCCUCAGCUAGUAACUCCUCAGCUUUUGAAGUUUUCAGCAUUCCUCUCCAGUUGCCUGUUGUUGGUUCUUGAACACCAUCUCCAACCCCACCACCUCCAGAUGCAACCUGAAAAAACGUGUUCCAAAACCUAUACCAACCAUAUCAAACUGAUAUUAACUAAACAAAGUUAAUUUCCCUUGACAGCAGUCAAGGAGAAUACACAUCCAGUAACCAUCUGGAGUUUAGUCUAUUCAGAGAGAUGGCAGGGUCAGAAAGAGAUGAUGGGUGGCAUGUAUAACUGGAACCCUGAGCUGUCUAAAUAAGAGGUUCGGACUUCCCUGGUGGUGCAAUGGUUAAGAAUCCACCUGCCAAUGCAGGGGACACGGGUUCAAGCCCUGGUCCAGGAAGAUCCCACAUGCCGCGAAGCAACUAAGCCUGUGCACCACAACUACUGAGCCUGAGCUCUAGAGUCCGCAAGCCACAACUACUGAGCCCUCGUGCCACAACUACUGAAGCCCACGAUGCCUAGAGCCUGUGCUCCACAACAAAGAGAAGCCACCUCAGUGAGAAGCCCACGCACUGCAACGAAGAGUAGCCCCCACUCGCCGCAACUAGAGAAAGCCCACAUGCAGCAACGAAGACACAACACAGCCCAGAAAAAGUGUAUUUGUAAAAAAAAUAAAGAAUGGCAGAAGUAA